AAAUCCGUCACUUACAAUUCUAUUUAUUAUUUAUUCCGACACACACUGUGAGAGAGGGGAAACUAGAAAUUUAUUUGUUAGGAGUUGGGAGAGUAUUUUUUUUAUUUCUGAAACUUGAGGUUUCGAAACGGUGAGUGAGAGAGAGCCAUGGCUGACGCUGAGCAUAAUCGCCAAGAAGCGCCCGCUGAAUCGGUGAUGGAUAAGAUAACGGAAAAGAUCCACGGACAUGAUGGUUCGUCAUCGUCGUCGUCGGACUCUGAUGAUGACAAGAAAUCACCUCCAUCACCGUCCAUCAAGAACAAGGUUUUUCGUCUUUUUGGAAGAGAGAGGCCUGUUCACAAGGUUCUCGGUGGUGGAAAACCGGCGGAUGUUUUCUUGUGGAGGAACAAGAAGAUAUCGGUUGGAGUACUUGCUACUGCAACUGCAGCAUGGAUUCUGUUUGAAUUGAUGGAAUACCACCUUCUCACGCUUGUCUGCCACUGCCUGAUAGUGGCACUUGCUGUGCUUUUCUUGUGGUCUAACGCCACCAUUUUCAUCAACAAAUCUCCUCCUCGCAUCCCUGAUUUUCGUAUCCCUGAGAAGCCCGUUGUACAAGCAGCCUCUGCGCUUAGGAUUGAAAUUAACUGGGCCUUUUCCAUUCUGAGGGACAUCGCAUCUGGAAGGGACCUGAAGAAGUUCCUAUCUGUAAUUGCUGGCUUGUGGGUUUUGUCUAUUGUGGGUAGCUACUGCAAUUUCUUGACCUUGUUCUACAUAGCUUUUGUACUGCUUCACACCGUGCCUGUGAUAUAUGAGAAGUAUGAGGAUCGGGUGGACUCAUUUUCUGAGAAGGCAUGGAUUGAAAUCAAGAAGCAAUAUGCCGUCUUUGAUGCCAAGGUCUUAAGUAAGAUUCCUAGAGGGCCAUUGAAGAAUAAGAAGAAGGUUUAGAAUGGUAUAAGUUAUGGCAGUCUGUAGAUUCUGACAUACAUUUGGUAGACGCGUUUUAUCUUAGGUGUUAUGAAACUUUAUCCGGUGUUGGCUGCAACCAUGUUUUCAUCCUUACUUGUUUUUGCUACAUGUGGUAGCUUUUUCCUUGGAUAUGCUACGAGUGAUAUGGUGAUGUUUUAUUAUGUUGGUUAUCUAUUAAUGCAUUGUACAUCAUGUUCCAAUUUCUGUCGCAAAUUGUUAUGGUU